AUGUCUAUACUCCAGUUUCGCGACAGACGGCUAGCAUCCUCAACAACAGCUUCGAUUUAUCACCAUGACCCUCUUCUCGUCUUAGAAAGACAAUCCAAAUAUAUUCAACAGAAUCUCCAAGCUCUUAUUGAUGCGCAGAGUGAGGGUCUUCUCUCUGGGCUAGCUAAGCCCGAGGUCGACGAUACAUCGGAAGGAAGCUAUACACCAACAUCCUCCCGACCCCAAUCAUCAUCCCCUGUAGCUCAACAUCCCACGCCCAAGAGAAUUGGGCUUCGAUCUGCGCGAAAAGGAAUAUUUCAGUCCAUCUAUGACCUCCUGAAAGUACGAGAACAGGAGCGAGAUAUUCUCUCUUCUCAAGCCGACGAGCGGAACAUUGCUCUCCAUGAUAUAGAAGAGUUUACCUCGAGGAGAAGCGGGUUAGAGAAUGCAAUCUAUGGCAUAAAAAAUGAGGGAGGAAACAAACGUGCUAAACAGCUACAGCAGGAAGCUCAAGGCCUCGAAACCGAUAUUAAGAACCUUGAGACCAAGUUGUAUGAACUGAAGGCCAGGCACAGACAUCUCGUGAGAGAGGCAUCAAAGAUCGAGAACACAGUUGAUGCUAAGCUCUCUUCCUACAUUGACUCUUUGUCUCUCCUUCAAUCGGAAAUUCAGACCUACCUACGUCAUCCUCCUGUUCAACCGCUCUCGCGACGCGGCAACGCCAACGAAUCUACAUUCUACUCGUUGAAUCCCAAGCGCCGAACCCUGGAAAUGGCCCAAGAUCAUUGGAAGGAGGAUCAAGAGACUCUGCAGGAUAGACGAAGAGUGGUAGAUGCUGAAAUUCUGGCGCUAGAGGAAGGUGGUGGGGUUUGGAAACAGACCAUAGCUGAUGUGAACGGCUUUGAGACGCGUCUCAGUGGUUAUAUGCGACAUUUUGUCCAGUUGGAAGUCCAGGCGACUAAGGGUGAAUAUAUUGGAAGAACGAAAGAUGAGGUUGCUGCCAGCAUCUGGCAGGACUUGGAGCAGACCACGCAACGUCUAGAGACAAGCUUAGAGCUUGCCGAGGAUAAAGACUGGAAGCUUCUUGUUUGCUGUAUUGCAGCAGAGCUGGAAGCUCUUCGAGAGGCCAGGGGGAUGCUUCUCCCGGCAUUCGGGUUGUCCGUGGCUGAGGACGAGGACAUCCAGAAUAAGGAAGAAUCGACGGACAUACGGAGGCAAUAUUUGGAAACCGACGAUCUCGAGCCUCCAGCUGAUUUAUUAAGAGAUGGAGAUGACCACCGCACUGAUACCGCGUCAAGGUCGGAGGACGAUGAGCCAGAUCCAGCUUGGCUACUCCCUCCCUGA